AUGUGCCGAAAUUCUCCGGCACAUCACAUCCUCCCAAAGAUAAUCUCUGCAAACCAAUCUGGCUUUGUAAAGGGCGGGAAGAUCUUUGAAAACAUCAUGCUGGGACAAGAAAUAGUGCAUGGUAUCAAGAAGCCAACUGUGGGGUCAAAUGUGGUCAUCAUGCUUGACAUGGCCAAGGCCUAUGACAGAUCUAAAAGAGGCCUUAAACAGGGUGAUCCACUUGCCCCAUCCUUAUUCAUCAUAGGAGUUGAACUAUUGUCUAGAAUGCUCAACAUUCUGAACCAUGAUCAGCUGCUUCAUGGAUUUUAUAUGGAGAAGAGAGGUCCUCAAAUCAAGAGUCAAUUCAUGACUGCUUCCUAUGCACUCCCAAGUGCUAUCAGAAGAAUUCAAGAAGUGACAGGCUUUUCCAGAAGGGAUUCACCACCCACAUACCUGGGUUGCCCUCUGUAUACUAGUAGGAGUAGAAUUAUGCACUUCAAUGGUCUCAUUUCCAAGGUGCUAGGAAGAAUAAAAGGUUGGCAUGUAUCCCCUCCAAAGACUGUCAUGAAGCAAAUUAAAAGGUUGACAGCUAGCUUCUUCUGGGGAAUGGAUAAGGACAAACACAAGUAUCACCGGGCAUCAUGGCUAAUCUAUUCUUCCCUAUCAAUGAAGGUGGUGUGGGUUUCAGAACCAUUCAUGAUACCUGUAAAGCCAUGGAACAAAAGCAGUGGUGGCAUUUCAUAA